AUGAGUAAUGCGAAACCCAAAAGUCAAAACUCCUUACAAAUGUUUAUAGAUAAAUCGCGAGUGGAUCCCUUGGGUGACAAAGUAAAAGAUGCAGAGUCACUAUUAUCCAGUUAUGUAGCAGCUCACGAUAUGCCUUUUGCCGGUAUGGAUCAUCUAACUCCAGUUUUGGCCCGUUGCUUCCCGGAUUCUAAAAUAGCCCAAGCACUUUCGUUAAAGCGUACAAAAACAAAGUGUGUCAUCAAGAAUGUUAUUGGUGUCCACGAAAAAGAAAAUCUUACUAAAAAACUUCAAUGUACUAAAUUUUCUAUUCUAAUGGACGAAUCCACAGACAUUUCCAGUGUAAAAACUGCUUGUAUAAUGGUUCGGUUUUAUGAUGAAGAAAGCUGA